AUGGCUGAAGUUCAUGUCGACCCAGCCGUCUUCGCGAAAUCCGCCGGUAAAACAGUCCUGAUAACUGGUGCUGCGCGCGGUAUCGGAGCCGCAACGGCCAUCUUCUUUAACGACCACGGCGCGAAUGUCAUCCUUGCCGAUCUCCCUCAUCUCCAAGACAGCGCCGAAGAAGUAAUCAACAAGCAGAUACAGUUCCCAGAGCGAGCCAUAUUCGUGGCUGCCGAUAUAGUCAACUGGGCACAGCUGACAGCAUGUUUCGAAGCCGCAAUCUCUAAAUUUGGAAACCUCGACAUCGUCGUCGCUAAUGCGGGGAUCAUGGAAUCUAAAACUGUCCUUGAUCUGGACGUGGAUGAAGAUGGUCAUCUUCUUGAGAAUGAAGAGGCUGGAAGGGUAAUCGAUGUCAACAUCAAAGGAACAUUGAACAGUAAUCUUUCCUUCUAUACCUUCCUGCAAUUCCCAGAUCAUGGACAUACUAACAAGCAUGAAACAGCGCUCCGCUUGGGACUCCACUACAUGAAAUCCCCCCCAAAUACAGAACCUAAGCCAAACAAGUCGAUCUUGCUCGUUGGAUCCACUUCGAGCUACUUUGGCGGAACAGCAGUUACCGCGUACAUCGCCUCAAAACAUGCCAUGCUAGGGCUUUUGCGCGCGUGCCAGCGUGUGGCGUGUGGGCACGGUAUCCGUGUGAAUGGUGUCGCGCCGUUCCUGACACCGACGCACAUCACGGCUGGCUUUUCAGAUUUAUGGAUUGAGUCCGGUCUGGAGACGAAUACACUGGAGCGGGUUGCUGAGACUAUUGCGCUUGUUGCUUUGGACACAGCGAGGCAGGGGGAUUGUGUCCUGGUCGCUGGAAGAUAUCGUCUAGAGCUUGAGAAGGCUAUGGUAAGGCUCUUGCCGUUGUGGUUGGGGGAAGACCUUGGUGGGUUUAUGGGCUAUGCUAUGCAAUUCCUUGCUAAUAUUGGGGGGUAUGUUUUGCCCAAGAGGGAUGAGCCGGAGUGA